AUACAGAGCGCUACACUACUCAGCAUAAGCUGUACCGAAACAUCUGGUAUCCUUAAAAAACAGGCGUAAAAAGUUGUUUGACGACAGGAAAACGGGAAGACUUUACCUAAUACAUUUUCUACAGCUAAGAGACCACAAAAAGGAAGGAAAGAAGUUUGCUAAGAAAACAGGAAAAACAAGGACAGGAUCACAGAAGACCAGAGCAACAGAAGAACAAGAACGUACAGAAAAAGAUGAAGAAGAUUAAUAGGAAAGAGGCUGGUUUUAGGGUUAUCACACACAGAAAACCAAAGCAGCAGAAGGACAAGAGCGUGCAGAAAUGGACGAAAACGACUCCUACGAAAGGCGUAAACAAGGACGGUGGGGCUCCAGCUCAGACCACAUUAGAUGGACGCUUAUUGCUCCAGUUACACUGUGUAGAUAAGCCGUCCCACCUCUACUCCGUCGACAUCACAGAGCGAAAUCUGACUUCUGUCGAGCCAGAAGAGCUGAAGGCCUUCGUAAAUGUAACCUGCAUUGAUGCAAGUGAUAACUUCCUCUCUUUAGGAUCAUUCAGCAGCUUCACGUCUUUGAGAGAACUCGAUCUGACUAUGAAUAGAAUCAAAAACAUGGAUUUUGAUGUUGCUGACUUCCCUCAUUUAGAGGUCUUAAAUUUGUCCUUCAACAACUUACAAGCAGAGGUUUUACUAAACUUCGGUCAGUUUCCACGUCUCAAAACUCUUCAUCUGACCGGAAAUCAGCUCAGCUGUCUUCCUCCCAACUUUGGUCCCUCACACAGCGACCAGUCUGACAUGCUGUCUGAAGAGGGAGCCAAACAGUUUGAGGCUCUUGAAGUCCUGAUGCUUAACUACAACAGCCUGACCUCUAGCGUCUUCUACAACCUCAGGAACCUGAAGAGGCUGAAGCACCUAAACCUAGAGGGCAACCAUAUCACAGAAAUACCUUGUAAGGAAGUGAUGGAGAGUUCAAAACCCGCUUUGAGGGAAGGCGAAGAGGAAGACAUCGAGUCUAAAAUCGACCACCACAUUGAGAUUAUGGAGAUCCUUCACGUGCUCAGGGAGGACAGGUGUUCCAGUGUGUUACUGCCUGAGCUCCAGUGCCUCAAUCUGGCCGACAACCAGAUCGCCUCAGAGGAAGCUGUGGUUCCUGCUGCUCUUUUCCCAAAGCUCUGUGAAUUACAUAUCCACUGCAAUCCUCUAACCACACAGAGGAGAGGAGAAACGGCUUUACUGACUUAUUUCCUUCAAGACAAGCUUGGAAUAAAGAUAAAGAGAGAGAAGGAUGAAGAUUUUCUACAACCUCCCCUGAAGGUGUGUGUCUAUCCAGCAUGGAAGGACAAGAAAAGAACAAAAAGUGAUCUGAGAACAAUACGACCCGAGGACAAGAGUAAAGGCAAAAGUCGGGAAAACGCAAAACGCUUCUUCAUUACUCAGACAGAAGAUGAAGCUGAGCUUCAGCUGGCUUCUUCAUCGAAUCAGAACGCAUCUGCACAAAACAGAGCCUGUCCGGGACGACCCGUACGCUACGACAUGAUAAUGGAUGUAAAACCAUUUCCCUGCAUCGGAAUUCAAACAGCUGUUCAGAUGCUGGAUCAAACACUAAGGAAUCUGAACAUCUACAGAGACUCCAAACCCAGACUUGAUAGCAUCCAGACGCCAUACAGCGAAAUGAAAAAGAGGAUAGAGGAGCUGCCACCUCUGAGACCAAUAAAGCAGCCGAUCCAAAGGGUUGAGGAGUUACUCAAGGAAAUGAAAGACAAUAGAGCAGCAAAAGUUGUUUCCUUAGGCAGUGUUAUUCACAACAGAGCAGCAAACAGUAAGGACCACAGGGAAGCUCUGUUUCUGCUGAGGGAGUUGAAGAAAACACACAGGAUGGUCCAUGACAACACAAUGGAACAAGAAGCCAGAUUUCAGUGUGAACAUCCACAUUAAUACACGCUUUUCUUAUGCAGGAGCUUUUUUUAUUAUUAUUAGUUUUGACCAGAUCUGGACCCUGAUGCUGUUACUGUGAGUGGAGUGCAGUGAAAUCAAUCCCACAUCACAGACAACAAGACAUGUUGAGCUUUUACUUAUGCUUCAUUUAACAACAAGUAGAUUCUGCUCAGUUAACAGAGACCCUGAGAACGAUAUGGAAGAGAAAACCAUAGAUGGCAUCCAGACAGUUCAGGUUGAGCUGUAGAGAAAAUGUGCCUGCAGUUGUGACUUCAUCUGCAGAAAAUGUAUUUAUCUUAAGCUGUCUUUUUCUGACGGUUCGGGGCAGCUGCCUGCGCCACAUCUGUGAUCGCAGUUAGUCUUCUAAAUAUGCAUUAUAGGCAUCAAGCAGAACUUAUUUUGGCGAGAGUUACUUUUUAUUACUUGCAGUGUGAGCAACAUUUGUAAGCUUUGAUGUAUUUUUCUGCCUCAAGGAAACGAAUCAUGGUAAACGGAAAAGGCCUUCCUUCGAGGUCUGCGGACUCAUUCAAGUUGAUUCUAAUCUGGUAUCUGUUAUGAUUAAAAUGUCUUGUUGGUUGUAUAUUAUCCUCUAACCUAAUUAUUUACAACCCGUGUUAUCAGGACGGAGCACAAGCACUUUGGAACUGGAAGUGCUCGAGACUUUGAACAGACCUCUGCGCAGCUCAGUAUGAUUUAUGAUCCACAUUACCGAAACAAUCCCACUUUGGGUUCUGGAAAAUUAACAAAGACGCCUUGCGACUACAAAAACCAAAACCUCAUGCAUCGUAUUACAGCAGCCACUGAUUGCAGCUAUCUUAAAUUUCCAGUCGUGUUCUGCUCGCGCCGUUCGUUCGCUUGUUUGAUUUCACGGCUCAUAUGAUUUCCAUUAUUUGUCUUCUGAGCAGCUUGCAGAUGUGGAAUGCACAUCCAGCCUCAGCGGGAUGAAUCAGCUUUAAGCGUCAGGAUAUUUCAAGUGGGGAGUUUUGCAUGUUUACAUUCAUAUUUAUAUUGAAUGUAUAAAUAUUUAUCUCCUCCUGUUUGUAAUGAAUAAUAAAUGAGCUGUAAACACAAAGUGUCCAUCCACCAAUCAGGUGCAUCAAUCUCAAUUUGGAAAAGUCUCAUAAGUUGUCAAUGAAAUUCAUGCGACCAAAAGCUUGAAUUAUGUUUUUACUCAAAACUAAAAAACUAACUGAAGCACAAAGUCUAACAGGUUAGUAAAUAUAUAUAUAAAAUGAUUUAUUUAAAGUUACUAUUGUCCUGAAAUAAAAGAGGGACAUAAUAAGGACAAAUGUUUCAAAUUCUCAGCUGUAAACUGUUUAUUGAGGAUGAGUCAAACUAAAAAAUGAAAGCUGAUGAAAACCUCUCAGUCAGCAGCGUUUGUGCCUCUGAUUCUGGGAAUAAAAAGAAGAUUUAUUUGGACUUUGAUGACAUGUUUUAACCUAAGAAGGUUGAUUAAUAGGCAGGGAGAGGGGCAUAAUCGCUCUCCUGCGGCUUGAGCUCAUUUAUUGGUCAAUUUACUGUGAAUGAGGAGAGUGAACAAAACUCCCAGCAUCACCAAGCCGCAGACACCCGGCACUCCUGUCCACAGGAGAUCCCAUUUUUAAAAAAAUAUGUGCGUUUGCUCAUUUAUUUCAACAUUUUGAUUCUAAAACCACUCAAGAAAAAGCCAUUUGAGAAAAUGUUCACAAACAAGAUGCAUUUAUCCCCCCACACAGUGAGUCCAGCUCAUAACACAAUCUACAAGACAAACAAGCUGUUGCUCUAAAAGUGAUAAUAAUGAAGAAUGUACCGCUUUAAUUCUUGUGUGAAAGCUGCGUCUUACACUCUGCAGUUCUCUUGUGCAAGAGUUUGUUGUACACGUUUAUGAGCUCCUCAGUUCUGGCCAGUGAUCGGUUCUACAAAUGGUUUUAUUUUGCGAGCGCGCUCCUCGCCUCAAACAUACAAAACACUCCAGCAACCUUCCAGGAAUUAAAUUGACCCACUUGUGCACAUUAAAAUGACGUGCCAAGACACAAAACCUCCUUUAUUUGCUCAUUAUGACCCACAUCAGGUGGUUUUUAAACUUCCUGCAAACACGGUAAGAUGAACCAGUUGAUGUCUAUUGUGUUCAGUCCAAAACAGACACAUUUCCAUUUUCCUUUUUUUUUUUUAAAGGUGGGUUUAAGGCAGAAAACCUGAGAAAAAUUAUCUUUGAGAAUCUAAUAAGAAUGAAUUAUAAAAGAAUGUGUCUAUGCUAAGAGGAUCAUUUCAAAGCACAAGAUGAUCCUCCAAAUAAUCCUAAGCAUUAGUUAUCGUUUUCACUGCAGCACUUUCAGCUAGAAGACUAAACCCAUUAAAAGUACCAGAUGAGAACAUAUGAAACUCCAAUCAUGCUGAACAAAAUUGACCCUUUGGAAAUGUUUGGAAGUAUGUGGGGGUUUUUUUAUAAGAAGCAUAAGAUGAAAUUUCACAUAUUUCACUCCUGAAGUUGAAUCUAUUACCUUAUUUGUGUAUUUUUGCAAAUGAAAUUUAAGCUACUUAAUUGCCACAGUGACAUUAUAUUCCCAUCAUGCAGCGAACUCUCGGAUGGAUGGGAUUUAGUGUCGUGAUGUAAUAAAGGAAAAUGCACAUUGUUUCAGUUUGCGACUGGUUUGUUUGCCACCUUGAGGGAUUUUUCCAUUAAUGUUCCUGCGUUGCCUAUAUGAACAAAAAUCUGAAGAUUAAAAUACCGCUUUUUGGUUGAGAAAAGAGAAAGCUUUGAACAGUGAAUCUUUAAAAGCGGAACAAAGGCCGACGACUUUAUGAUGCUUUUAAAACUCUUCGCCCUGCACUGCAGCUUUCCAUUAGGCCUCAUCUCGAAAUUUAUUUACAAAACUAAACUGUUUCUGACUGCAUGCAUGUCACAUGAAGCUAUUCAUACAUCUUGGAACAUUUUCAGCUUAUAAGUUACAAGGUUUUUAUUUUGUUGCCAUGCCAGAAACAACGGGGGGUGUUUCUGUUCCACUAAAGUCUCUAAAGUGAAUAAAACAAAACUGAAGUCAUUGUAUUUGAAAACCAGGCCACCUAAUGGAGCCAUCGUUUAAAUUAAACCACACAGGGGAUGAUGGUUUUGUGGUGAAGUCCAUAAAGUUUUUUAUGUCCCUCUUUAAAACUCACUUUUUUAACUUGGCUUUUUGUUUAACUUUACUUGUUUACACAUUGUCAUAUUACACUUUUUAAAAUUAUUUUUAUCUUGCAUGAUACAUGUUGCUGGUUGAAUUUAUCUACGCUCUAAAUCACUUUGGUCAACUUUGUUGAUUUUAGAUGUGCUAUAAGAAAAAACCUUUUUAAUGUAGAAUUGGAGAGAUUUUAAAUGAGAUACCAACUGAAAGGCUGAAGAGUGAAGUGGAAGGCAAGUUAUUUUUCAAAGUUUUUAUUUUAUUUGCAAAUUAUGGUGCUUUGGAGAUUUAUUUUAUUUUAUUUUGCAUUAAGGGAAUCUUGGCUGAUCCAAUCCUUCCAAAUAACCAAUUAAAAUAAGGAAAUGAGAACAACAAACAGGGAUACCAACAGUCCUCUGACUGCAGCCACUAAACCGAUAAAAAUUCAAGUUUGGAAACAACUGACUGAUACAGUUUUUCAUCUGGGGUUCAUGCAUCUCUUCAUUUUUUAUAAGCCGCCCUUGGCAGCUACUGAUUGGAAAACCACCACUAAUUACAACUGCCAGUCCUUUGGGUUUUAAAGUCUCAGUAUGAAGAGACGAUUUAUAUAUAUAUAUAUUAUUUUUUGUGCAAACCAGGUCAAGCUCAGUCAGACUGCAGUGGAUGCUACAUCAAAACAAACAGACCUCUGCUGAACUUUCUCUUCCCCUCUUUCUUUUAGCACGAAGAUAUGAUGAGACAAGUUAAUAACUGGAAACACAUUUUUACCCGUGCUUCUUUGUGAUAUAAAAAAAUCUGGCAGGGGAACUGGAAACUCCAUCCAAGAGCAAAAAACAACAGGAACAAGGUUUAGAAAAGCAACGGUGGUCUGUGCUUCAGGAAGGCACAUCUUUAAAUGUAUUUUCAUUUUUUUUAAAUCCGUGUUACACGUGUGUGAACAUGGGACAGUUUAACUGCAGUUGCCGCAGCAAUCAAGAUUGAAAAAAUGUUUGGGUCUGAGUCUCAGAUUGAGAGCCAGUAGCUUUCAGAAGAACCCAGCAGAGGCUCAGACAUCAAAUUUGGCUCCGGGGAGAAAAGGCUCAAAUACCUCAUCAACACUCCUCAUUACUAAAAGUGCCAAAUGAGUUCACCACAGGCUGGACCUACUCAUUAUGUCUUUUGAGAGACAAUUGAACUGUAACACACUUAUCGUGUCGAUGCUGGAAAGGCUUCGGACUCUCUGAAUGGGGCCUUUUAUGAAACGUAGGCCAGAACUGUGAAGCUGUUCAUCGCAAUUCAGCCUCUCAUCCUGUGUGAGGAGAGGAAGGCUGAAAUGUCUUAAAUAUGUGCCCUGCUAUUGUGCACGAUUUCCUGGAAAGACUCCAACAGUCAGCUAAAAAUGAUCAGAGCCAGCUCAAUUAGCGAGUGGAUAAGAACUGAGGGGGGAAACAAUCUGCUCGAUAGAUUUCGGAAGUAUUUUGAUGAAGUAUAAACUCAGGGGUUCUGCUGAGCACCUUUAUCAGCCAUGAAAGCAAACACAUCUAUCAGACUCAAUUAACUUAACACAAUUUGGCCCUCUUGGAAUCAAAAGACUGCCCGCUUGAUUUAAGUGCUUCAGUGCCUCUCAAAUACUGGCAAGGAACAACUUGAGCUGAAAUUUGUUUGCAAGAUUUUGAUUGCUGCAAAAACAAGGAGAGGUAGAGGAGUAAGGAACGUGAUCUUUUCCUCGCUCUGCGUGACGCCCUCUGAUUGUCUCGCCUUCGACUUCGCAUGCAAAAACAAAAGUAUGACUUUUACAAUACAAGCAGAAAUGUGUCGCCUCGAGUCGAACAUUUUCUGCUUUUUCUCUCUGGAUCUGGGUGAACAGGGUGAGGAACUCAUACACGGAGUGUGUGAUUUAUACCCACUGACUGCCCCCGGCUGUUUUAUUUGCCCGAGCCAAGACUAAGCAUGCAUAGCUGAAUUGGCCCACAGGACUUAUUCAAACAUUCACGGAAUGCCAACUGGAGGGAUUUUCUGCAAAAACGACAGAUAACAAAACAAAUUUGCACAUUAUUUACCUUGAUGGGAAAGGAUGCGCUGGAAAUUGACACUUAAAGGAGUGAGGUUUUUACAUAAGUGAAAUUAGAUGGAUAAGAAAGACAAGCUGACAGCUGCUGCUUAACAGACAUGCUGCUUAGACUGUCAACUUUACUUUCAGAGUAUUAUUGCCAAAAUAAAAGUGGUGGGUGGCAUUACUUUAUGUUCCACAUCAUGAGUAUUUGUGUAUUUACAAAGACCCACAUCUGUCUUCUUUUGUAAAGUGGAGCAACAGUUUGCGGAAACACAUGUACAGAGCAUCACUUUAAUCUCUAUACAGCAGGACUGGAGUUUGACACCCCUGCUCUAUACAGUCACCCCCUGUAUAUUUAUUUAAACUUUAUUUAAACAGUAUGAUAUAACAUUUUCAUAGUUUUGUGACCAUAACUUUGUGAAACCUUGGAAUAUUACAAAACUUGCCUACUGACCACAACCUGUCUGAUGCCUCCAUCCAUGCAAACCGAGUCAAGCUGGUCUGAUUAAAAACUAAAUAAAUGGAUUUUUAUUAAGGGAAUUGUUCAGAAGUUUAGAAGUGAGUUUGGGUAAAAAGUUUUAAAGGUUUGAACUUUUUUUUUUUACCUGCGGUAGAUCGCUCUCUUGGUGUCUUCUUUUGCAAUGAAUUCACAAUAUUUGGUUUCAGAGGCUGAAGCUAAAACAGCAGCAAGACAUGUGAGAUCAUUCCUUUUCACAUAGUUAACGUAUAAAAGUACUGGCAUAGAAAAGUGUUUAACAGAGAAAUGAAGAAAGUACAGAGAAAAGAAAUAUCUUUGUCCAAAAUAAAUCAGUCUUCUAAAAUAAAUCAGGUCAUUUUUAUAGUCUCGGGUUAGGUUCAAUUAAGUUGUCAUGAUUCAUUUUGAUUUGUUUUGCUGAGUCCUAAGUGGACCAUUAAAAAUCCAACCAGACUCAUGAUGACUGAACUAAAAAACUAAACGCACAAUAAAGAAAUUUCACUUGCAGUUCCAAAAAUAUUUAGACAAUUUUUGACUCACCUAUUGUCACUCCAACUAGAUUAAUCAUCUCCCAUAUAGCGCCUACUACAAUCAGGAGACAGCUACUGAUGCAACUUAGGUUAUGACAUUAUUCUGUGAUUUCUAGCAACUUAUAAUAAUUUACCUUACUGAGGAGAUGAAACUGGAGUUGUUUUAAGAGACUGGAUGUAAAGUUAUCUUGUCUUGCAAUCAUCUUCAGCCUCCAGCAUCGGCUGAAUUUAUGCAAAAUGUCGAUGCAAAGAUAGUAUUUGACUGCUCAUGAGGAACCUCACUUCAGAAAUGCUGAUCUUUUCACAAAAGCUAAGAGUUUAGUACUCUCAGCGUAAGUUGUAAGUUGUUUUGUUUUGUUCUCACAGUUUUCGGCCAUUUCUUCUUCUCUCUGGGCAGCGAGGAGGAGAAAUGGCUGCAAUCAGCUGGGUCAGAGAGCAAGCACAAGAUAAUAUGAAAGCUCUUUUUUUUUGUGAACAUAAUGAAGCCGUGGAGGGGAAGUGCGUCAUUUUCAAAAUAUUGGUCCAUGCCUUCGGUGAGAGCUGGACAGAACUGUCUGAUGCAAAGUGUGAAAUAAACACAGUGGGUCAUUGUCUAGAAGGGAGGAGGGCGAGUGGAGGGAGGGAGAGACGGGGAGAGCAUGUCGAAAGUUCACACAGAAGGGAAGCAAGGUUUUUCUGAAGAGCCCGCUCAGUCGACUGGAUCUGCAGUUGCAUGGUGACUGAGUCAUGGGAACCGCAGUUAUAAACUGACACCUGUUGAUCAAGCAGGGGCUGCAGAAAGACGGCACACAGAGCGGCCGAGCAGAGAUCCGCCUCUGGUGCCAACAGUUCACUUCACAGGAAUGGUAUUUAAAGGUUAGGACAUCGACAUGAUCAAAAAAGAAUCGCUUCGGUUGGUUUAUGUUGAAUCAAAACUGAUACCCCUUGAGGGGGCAGAUACGACAGAACAGUUAUUAACCCCCGAAAUAAAGGCGAUAAAGGCUUCUGUGGUGCAAAACAAAACUUUACACCAAAGGAAGACUUUUCAAACAAGCCAGCAAAGACGGAUCUAAAUGAAAUCAUGACCUUAGUUUCGUGGGGAAUAUUUUAAACUCUCUAAUAAUCCUCUGAAUGUUUUUUUUUUUUAUUGACAUCUUAUUCCAUUUAUUAGUCCACAUUUGUAUUUGUUUGCAAACAUUACAGGAUGGGAGCGCUUUUACAUGACUGGUUUAAAGAUACGAUCUUCUUUAAUAAAUGCGCAUUUUCUUUUCAUAGACAUUUUUGUUGACUCAGUAAUGCAAUUCCUUAUGCAUAUUUGUCUUUUCUUCAGCCAAAGUUUUAAUGUAAAAAUAAUUUUUUAAUGGUUCAUAAUGUAAAUUAUCCAUUCUUGCUCACUUUAUUGCGAUAACUCAAGGAAUUAUUUACCAUGGCUUUGUGGUUCUGUUUUGAUGUAUGCUUUCAAACCAAAAUAACAAUGGAGGAAAGUUAUUUCAUUUUGUCUGUGUGUGUAAAUGCUGUGACUGUUUUAUUCAAGGUUAUCUUGCUUUGACAAUCUCCCGCCAGCUUGUUUUGUCGGCUCCGAUCUUUUCUCGGCUUAAAAUUUCAUCUGAUGUUUUAACUUCUGUGUGGUUUUCAUUUCUGAAGACUUUGUGUUGCUAGCUUCUCAGAGACCUGCCCACAAGUAUGUGUGUUGUUUUAGUUCAAAAUCCCUGUUUGGUUUAGAAAAAAAACAACAAAAAAACAAUCACGAUAAAUUUAAAUCUUUUGGUUUGAAAAUCACUGAAGCCAUUUUCUGUAUAAUGGCUUCACCCUGGGCAAAAGAACUGUUCAAAUAAAUGAGUAAUAAGGCAAAGUUAAUAUAACACUCAUGCCAAUGAUCUAGCAACUGUGCCUCUCUUGAAUGUUUCAACUCGAUGCCACCAAAAAUAUUCCAUCUCUACCAAGAACACGGCUUAUACAGAUCUAAAGAGCUUUGCUUAAUAGAAACCUUGAGGCGAUAGUGCUGCUGGAUCCUUUGUGCUGCAGCAGGCAGUGUGCAGGUCUGUGAUGAAUCAGCGACUCUUUGUUAAACACAGCUCUGAGCAGGAGGGCACAUCUUGUUUGAAGCACAUACUUCCAAGGGGAACAUACAAGAAACAGCCAUGAGCAGUCAAACGCUGGUUUUUAAUGGUGUAAAAUAUUAGGCAACACUGUAUAGUUCGAAAUAGCUGCGUGAAGUACAAAGUACGUUCAGAUAUAUCGCCCCACAGCAAACAAUAUAAUUACUGAAGACGUGUGAAAGCCGGCAGGGUUUAAAAAUAACCCAAAUCUUUCUGCUACAUAAAAGCGGUUUUAACAUCAGAGGGAGGGUUCUCUUACAACCCUUCACACAGUUUUGUACUUUUUGAAAGCUACACAUAAAAGCUACUUCAUGAAAAAA